ACCGGCUUUCGCUUCGCGCGGCCUGGCUGCUUGGCUUCGCUUGUUACUGGCUCUGACUUUGGAAGCCGCGGAGUUUCCUGGUUGGAGGUGGUGGCUGACCAGAGUGGCUUGGUCUUAUUGGGCUCCUGAGGCUGUGAUAGGCGGACUGGUGCUGAGGUGUCUCUGAUAGCCUCCGCCAUGAAGGGGCCCUGCGGCUCCUUCACCUGCUGGCGGAGGUGCAGGGGGGACGAUGUCGAGGACGAUGACAGCCCCUUCACCCAGCGCGGGUACCACAUCCGAGAGAAACACCUGGGUAAGCUCCACAGAGCUGCCAGCCGGGGUGAAGUCUCCAAGGUGGAGCGCAUCCUUUCGCGCGGGAACGCUGACUUGGAUGAGAGAGACAAGAAAAAGAGGACUGCUCUGCAUUUGGCCUGUGCCAACGGCCAUCCAGAAGUGGUAGCUCUUCUGGUGGACAGAGGAUGUCAACUUAAUGUCUUUGACAACAAAAACAGGACAGCUCUGCUAAAGGCAGUACAAUGCCAGGAAGAGGAAUGUGCGACUAUUUUGCUAGAAGUUGGUGCCGACCCAGACCUUCCAGAUGUCUAUGGCAAUACUACCUUACACUAUGCUGUCUACAAUGAGGAUAUACCAAUGACAAAAAAACUGCUUUUACACCAUGCUGAUAUUGAAUCAGCCAACAAGGAUGAACUCACACCAUUUUUGCUAGCUGUGAAUGAACAAAAACAGCAAAUGGUAGAUUUUUUAAGAAAGCAAAAAGAAAAUUUAAGUGCAUCUAAGUUUGAAAGAUAUAGCAUUCACCAACUAAUGUCUGAAUACAAAGAAAACGAGACACCUAGAAAUCCUCAAAAUAGCAAUCCAGAAGGAACAUCUAACAAGAUGGCGUGCUUGGGAGAAGGAGCAGCAGGUGCAAAAGUGGAUGAGAUUCCUGGAUAUCCUGUAAAAAGGCUUUUCAACAAACCAUCUAUUGACGACUCACGACCUAUGUCAGCUAAUGAAGACUUUGAUUUUGAUACUGAGGAGAAAGCAACAGAGCCAGCAAAUGGAAAAAGACAAAAUGAUGUGCCAUUCGCAGUAAAAUCAGGACAAAAGGAAGAUAUCCAAUCACAUUUGGACAGCAAGAAGAUCUCCAAGAAUCACACAGAGAAUGGUGGCACUCAUGUAUCUGGGGCUACAGACUGUAAGACAAAAUAUGUAAUAAAUGGGCAAGAAGAAGCAGAACGAGUCUCAGCAGUGAUAUCAGAGGAAGAGCAAGAAAGACUUGAAGAAAAUGAAAACAAUGAGCUCCAAAUUUCUCAUGGGCAUAAGAAAGAAAAAGAUCUGUUGUACGAAAAUUGCAUGUUGCAGGAAGAAAUUGCCAGGUUAAGACUGGAAAUAGACACAGUGAAAAAUUUGGACCAGCAAAAGGAAAAUAAUUAUCUUGAGGACAUUAAAAUUGUGAAAGAAAAGAAUGAUUUCCUUCAAAAUACUUUGAAGCUGAACGAGGAAACAUUUACAACAACGAUAUUCCAGUACAGUGUACAGUCUGAAGUUUUGAAAGCUGAGAAUGAAAUGCUCAGUUUUAAAUUGAAGGAUGAAAACCAAAACCAGGAGAGACUGGAAACAGAAAUUGAAUCAUAUCGUUGUAGACUGGCCGCUGCUAUACAAGACUGUGAUCAAAGUCAGGCAUCAAAAAGAGAUGUAGAACUCGAUUUCCAGAGAACAAGACAAGAGUGGUUUCAUUUAAAGGAAAAAAUGAAUUUUGAUAUGAGCAACCUAAAAGAUAAGAAUGAGAUGCUUUCUGAAAAACUUUCUAAUGCUGAAAAUGAAAUCAGAAGCCUCAAAAUGAAGUGGCACCACACAAAAGAUGCUCUAAGAGAAAAGACAUUGGUUUUAGAAGAUGUCCAAAGAGACCUAACCCAAUCACAAUGUCAAAGGAAAGAAAUUGAACAAAUGUUUCAGAAUGAAGAAGACAAAGUGAGUAAAUACAUUCAAAAGCAAGAAUCUCUAGAGGAGAGGUUAUCUCAAAUACAAAACGAAAAUCUGUUACUUCGACAGCAACUGAAUGAGGCUCACAAGAAAGCUGAUAAUCAAGAAGCGACAAUAAUUAAUAUCCAAGAGCAUUUUAAUGCUAUUGUCAAAAAUCAAGCUCAGAGUGAAGAGCAAAGUCUUCUACUGGAGCAGGAAAACAACAAGUUAAUUAAUAAAUGCAAUUACAUAAAUAAAAGAUUGUACAAAUAUGAAAAAGAGAAAGCAGAAAGAAAUGAAAUUGUGAGACAAAUUCAACAAGAAUUGGCUGAUACUGUAAAAAAACAACCUGUAUCAGAGCCUUCACUAGAGGCUACACCAUGUUGUGUUAAUUUAGAUGAAACACGGGACUCAGAGAGGAAAUCAGGUCAAAUCAGAAGUCAACCUGAUAUUACAGAAGCAGUGGAAACUGCAUCUUCAGAAGGUCUACAUGUGGAUGCAGAGAUUGAAGUUCUUCAACAGUCAUUAUUAUAUAUGAAAACAAUGCAAGAAAAGCGCAAAAUACUACGGAAGGAUCAGGAGAAGUUGGAAGAAGAACUAGUAAACCUCAAAAGUCACAUGGAAAUGAAUAUGUUAGAAUGUGACCAAUUGGAACACUAUAAACAGGAGGUCGAAGAAGGAGCAAGGCAGGAGAUAGCAGAACAAUUAGAAACCAUUGAUCUAAUUUUACAGACACAGAAAAUAGCCCAUGACAAGUUACAGUUUUUAACAGAGGAAAGCAAUGCUACUAUGAAAAGUCAGAUGGAACUUACAAUUAAAGAUCUGGAAUUCAAACUCUACAAAGCAAAAACUUCACAAGCAGACUGUAAUACAACAGAAUUGGAAAAAUAUAAGGAACUGUAUCUAGAAGAAUUAAAACUUAGAGAAUCUUUGUCAGAUGAACUAAACAAACGUAAAGAAAUUCUAGCAGACGUCAGUACCAAACUUCUUCAAGAAAAAGAGCAGAGCGGAUCUUUAUUUACUUCUCAUACUACAAGGGCAGUCCUACAGUCAGCAUGCAAUGGAAAUCUUAAUGAAAAUUUAGGUCUCAACAGAAUACAUAUUCCAACAGAAACCUUAAGGAUUCCUACCUUAAGCUCAUUGUCUUCAAAUAUCAGAAUGGAGAGCGACUUGUCAAAGAAGACAAGAACCGAGGACACUUUCUGGAACUCCAGGCUUGGCAAUAUCUCUCAGUGUUGUGACUCGCAUGCUGUCCUGAGCAGUUAUGGUGCCAGGGAUCACCAGGUGGAUCCACUACUCCAAGAUAAAGCUGUGUGACUCAUCUCUGGCAGAGGAAGUCGUAAAGGCCCCACUGGACACCUGGACCACUGAGCCCCUCCAGGGUCUCAAACUCCUCUUCGAGCAAAUCCAAAAGAAUAAAGAUAAGUAAAUUAGUAAUGCUUUGGCCUGUUAUACCAUAAAUCAUAAUACUCCUUGCAGGUUUACUAAUAUGUCUUUGCUACUGUGAACCAACACCACCCCCCACCCACCCUACCGCCCCAGGAAAAGGUCUCUUCUGCCCUACCUGGAUUUAAAUCUCAAAGCCAUUAUCUGGGUGGUGUUCUCUCUAACACUCACUGAGUUAAUAGCUUUUUUCCCAUAAUCAACAGACAUCUUAAUUUGGCUCUAAUCUGCUCUCUUUGGGACCAUGCAGCCAAAUGCUCUAUGCUCCCAGCUAAAAUCACCCUCAUAGGCCCCAACAGCCCACAACUAUAUAUAAAAAAAAAAUCUACAAGCAGCUCAACAGCUACUAAAGUUCACCAAAUCUUCCUAUCCCUCAACCUAUGGGCUAUGCACGAAUUAGUUCUAUCUAGGGCAGGAACAGCCUACUCAGCCACGAUACAAGAAUAGGCAACUUCUCAAACCCAAUUUAGCUUCACCUAUCACUGGGGCUUCUCUAUACAAAACCUUCCCAGAGAUGCAUACAGUACCUAACACAAGCAAAGGGGACUUUCAAGCUUUUCUUAACACUUGCACUAUUUUAGGCCCCUUGUUCUCCCCCAUCACCUUCAGUCAGGUACCCCUAGGCAUCACUACUGCCAGAGAUUCUGAAACUUUUGUGGGUUCUCUCAACCCUGAGCACUGCAACACAACCAUCACGAUUGUCAAUACCUCUCAUAUAUAUAUAUAUUUUUUUUCUAGAAACUAAAAUCUCCCAAUACCAAGUAAGGUUCUCUACCUUACCAAGCCAGGAGGGGUCACGCAAAAAUUUCAAAUCUUUAACUCCCUUUGGAAGCUCUUCUCCUUGACAUUACUAGACACAUGCUCUUCUGGGAAAAUAAGAACCAUCUUCCUACUCAAACUAGUCACUCAUGUCUGGCUCUCCUAGCAGCUCCAACUUUAGUGACAGAAUAUCACAUCUUGCAUAGCCAAUGAGGAUAUUGGUAAUGUUUGGAAUUGACUUUGCUUCCUUCCAUAUCCAUUCUUGUCUACCUAUGACAGAACUUUGCUUUCUGUGUGGGACACAGGCCCACCUAUGCUUCUCUGCAAAGUGGACCAGAACACCCAUGCUGGCUUACCUAACCCCUAGCAUCUCAUUGCCCCAGGUGAUGCUUCUCGGCCCUUGCUCUUAUUACUGGGGCCCACCAAGCAAUUCAAUUAAUUCCCUUUCUUGUUGGGCUUGGCAUUACCACAGGUGCCACAAUAGGAAUAGCCAGCAUUGGCACUUACUCCUGAACCUACCACAGCCUGUCUCUGGAAUUGGUUCAAGAGAUAGAAAUGACUGCUUGCUAUAAAAGAGUUACAGUGACAAGUCAGUUCUCUUGCAGCUGUAGUUCUCAAACGUGGUAGAGGUCUUGACAUGCUGGUUGCAGCUCAGGGAGGAACUUGACUGCUUGGAGAAGAGUACUGAUCUGGGUUAAGAGAUCAGGGCAGGCUCAGGAGCACAUUUGAGAUCUCAUAAACUAGGCUUCUCAUCUUUGGGAAGGGGCUGCUGAGGGGUGUCACCUGGUUCUGAUUCUCAUGGCCCCUCCCCUUCCUGGGACCCCUGACCUCUAUCUUCUUUCUUCUCUUUUCUGGGCCUUGCUUCUUGAAUCUACUAACUAAGUUUAUUUCGUCCCAUCUAGAAGCCGUCAGACUUCAAAUAGUCUUGUGACAAGGAUAUCAACCUCUUUCCUAACCUUGAGGACAAGCAAGUUUCUGCAUGUCUCCUCUGGACACUGUGGGUCAAACCUUUUGAGAGACAACAACAACCUCUGAAAGCUUCUUGCCAUGACAGCAAGCAAGGAGGAGGGACCAGAAGACCCUCGACGCCCCUUUGCAGCAGGAAGUAGUUACAGAAGAAUGACCUCCGCCCUAUUUCCCAAAAGAUUUCUGGGUCCCAACUCCUUAAGAGAUAAAUGUAAGAGGAGGCAGUUAGUCAGAUAUUAGCAGGUAGGAGGGGAAGUACCCAUGUUGGAAGGAACAGCCCAGAACACCUCUUAAGAUGCCCAGUACUCACUCUAUGGUGGAACUGUCAAAGUGUGGUUAACUAGAUCCUGAUAAGGGAGAAAAAAGGCAAAAGCAGAAUUCUUGAGAGCCACACAGGUGCAAUGAGUACAACUUUGAUGGCUAUAUGCCCUUCCCGGGUGGCAGUAAUGAGCAAUGUUCCCAUUGGGUGGGAUUCGUAUUGAUCACUGUGUCCAGUGCACGUCCAUUAACCACAGUAAGGGAUGAUACCCCAAGCCUUGGUGAGAAGUGGGCAAGGAAAAAAGCAAGACCACAGCAUAUCAAAUGCAGAAUAUCCCGGGGCUGUUUCCAGCAGGGUCAGCCCACUCCUCUUUUGGAGUGUCCUUUUACUUCCCCAAUAAAACUUUUGCCUGCUUUA